AUGGAAAAGUUCCGCAUGUUCUUCCAGCACUUCCAGUCCAGCUCGGAGUCAGUGAUGAACGGCAUCUGCUUGCUGCUGGCCGCGGUCACGGUCAAGCUGUACUCCUCCUUCGACUUCAGUUGCCCCUGCCUGGUGCGCUACAAUGCCCUCUACGGCCUGGGCCUGCUGCUCACACCCCCGCUCGGUCUCUUCCUCUGUGGCCUCCUUGCCAACCGGCAGUCCGUGGUGAUGGUGGAGGAGUGGCGCCGGCCCGCGGGGCAGCGGAGGAAGGACCCGGGCAUCAUCAGGUAUAUGUGUUCCUCUGUGCUGCAGAGAGCCCUGGCCGCCCCCCUCGUCUGGAUCCUCCUGGCCCUCCUGGACGGGAAGUGCUUCGUGUGUGCCUUCAGCAGCUCCGUGGACCCCGAAAAGUUUCUGGACUUUGCCAACAUGACCCCCAGCCAGGUGCAGCUCUUCCUGGCCAAGGUGCCCUGCAAGGAGGAUGAGCUGGUCAGGGACAGCCCCGCGAGAAAGGCAGUGUCCCGCUACCUACGGUGCCUGUCACAGGCCAUCGGCUGGAGCAUCACCCUGCUACUGAUCGUAGUGGCCUUGGCCCGCUGCCUGAGGCCUUGCUUCGACCAGACAGUCUUCCUGCAGCGCAGAUACUGGAGCAACUACGUGGACCUGGAGCAGAAGCUCUUCGACGAGACGUGCUGUGAGCAUGCGCGUGACUUCGCUCACCGCUGCGUGCUGCACUUCUUCGCCACCAUGCAGAGCGAGAUGCGGGCGCGGGGGUUGCGGCGGGACCCCGAGCCACCCGAGAUGCCCAACGGCCUGGAUGGCGACGGAAGCAGGAAGGCCCACCUGCGGGCGGUUUCCAGCCGGGAGCAAGUGGACCGCCUCCUGAGCACGUGGUACUCCAGCAAACCGCCACUCGACCUUGUGGCAUCCCCGGGGCCCUGGGCGUGUGGCCUCAACCACCGCGCUCCCACGGGGGCCCCAGGCACCAGGCUGUCCCAGCAUACUGACCUGUAG